ACGUUUCAUUUAGUGCUGAGCAGUCGCUUUGAACGUUUGUAAUUUUGUCAGCGCGCUCUUCUCCUCGCUGAUGGUGUAGUAUCAUUAUACUUUUUUCACUACUAUUCUAUACGAUACUUGUGUGAUUAUUAUUGUUGUAGUAUCUAAUAUUUGUGCUGUACUUGGUACUAGGCGUUCAAAGAACAUAGAACACAGAAGAACGUUGGCGCUCUCUCGCCUUAGCUGCUGUUUAACUUGAAUAAUAGUGAGUGGAGUGUUUUGUUUUUAUUCCUCGCAAAGACGCUUUGAUUUCGAACGCUUAAAAAAUACUACGGAACAGCUUGUUUGUUGUGUGACGCGCGCUUUACUGGAUAUAAAAGUUGAUUCAGAAAGUAAUCAUUGAUUAGCAUUGACAAAUAUAUAUUUACGUGCGUUCAUAAUAGUAGCGCUGCGAAAGUGGUUCUUAAAAUAGUAAAAAAAAAUAAAGAAAAAAUAAUCGUCAUAUCGCAAACGGAGGCCAGCGCGUGAAGACCGCUCGAAUAUAUAGACAUUAUAAGUAUACUUGGUGUGUUGGGAUCUAUCGACGUCGGCUAUAGGAGAUUGUGUCCACUGACACCUGAAAUUUACUCAAUACACAUACAAAAGCCGGCGUGUUGUGUACGUGUGUAACGGUCACGCAAAAAAACGCAAGAGCGCGCUGAGUGGAUACGACAACGAGGCUAUCGAAACGAGUCAGACAAGAGACGGGGUCUUGAGAAUUGUGCUGAUGUGUGUGUGUGUGCACGUACAAGUUAUUUCAGGUAAUCUUCAUUGCCACAGUUAAUCGUUGAGACACAAAAAUAAGAAGAAAUAAGCAACUCACUCAGCUUGACUCACUCGGUCUUCGGCAGCUGUCUGAGUCAACACAAUGGCAUACGAAAAAGAUGUUAGUUGGAAUGAUGUUACACACAAAAGUACCCAAUCGAAAUGAAACAUCUUUGCGCUGUCUGUCAGUAAAAAUACCUAUAAGUAGUACAAUAACUUCCGUUUACCUGUGACGAAUUUCAGAUUUCUCAAAAACCUUUAUAAGCCGAAGCAACAAUACUAAUUAGGGAUACCAGCCGAGUCAGUGGAAUUUCAAAAGGAAUAUAACUGUUCUAUAACGGACUUCAAAAAUUAAAGCAAAAACGCAUAAAUUCGAAAGAGGAAAAUCAGCAAAGCAGUAGGAAUUAUUAUUCUUAAAACAGAAAUAAACAAUUAAUAUAACAACAAAAUGCCUACAAUAAGACGUUGCUGCAUCGUGGGUUGCCUUUCUAAUUCCCGACAGAGCCCACAAUUGCAGUUCUUCCAAUUCCCCCGCCCGGAAAACCCAUUCUAUGGUCUCUGGAAGCAGGCAUGCCAUGCUUCGCUCAAUCGCAUUUUACCCUUCAAAAAGCCUGUUGUAUGUGCACUACACUUUCAUCCAAAUCUUAUAGGCGGCCGAAGAUUAACAUCAUCAGCUGUGCCAUCGCUACGCCUAGAUGUACCCAAUGAUUUGAAAGCUGUCGAACAACAAGCAAUGGUUGAGGAAAUAGAGAGAAGCCGCAAAUGUGCAUACAUCAAUGCAGUUGUUUAUGAAUGGUUGGUGCGUGCGAACUUGAAUCCACAACUUCGUGGUUCCAUAACACACGGCAUGAUUAAGGAAAAAGCCGCUACAGCAGGACAACUCGUGGGUUCAACCUCAUUUGUCGCUGACAAUCGUUGGCUGAAUAGAUUCCGUGAGACACAUUUAAGCGGCUUUGCACAAAAAUUGGCUAGCAAUCAGUUGAAACCACUCGGCGUAUCUUUGUGGAUUCCCGAUAUUGUACAAGAUCUGCAGCAUCUCUUUCCGCCAACUAGUGCUGAACGUGUAGCGAAAUUAGAAAGCCUACCUGAACAGUAUAUGGACUAUAUGCAACAGUAUGGUGAAUAUGAAGAGGAUGAUGAUCAGGAUUCACAGGGUGCAUCGCUAAAGGAUCAACAACAGAGCCAUGCUGGAUAUGACGCAUAUGGUCAACCAAUACCAAAUUACAAUGGCGGUUAUGACAGCUAUGAGGGAUACUACGAUCAACGUCAAAACCAACAUAGUAAUUAUAGUUCCCCACAACCCCAACGUCCUGCCUCGAAUUCGCCACCUCUGCAACAGCUACAAAAAUUAGCCUCUCCAGCAUAUCGUGCCAGCCCAAUACUACAACCGCCUGCGAAACGACCUCGUUCCAAUGACGGUGAGGUCAGCGAAAUAACAGCAACAAAUGGUAAUAACGUAACCGAUUUGACUAGCGAUUGCGAAAUAAACGAUUGUGAUGUUAAGCCAAUUAAACUCAAUGGUACAGCAACACCAACAUCAAAUGGUACUAAUGGCCACACACCAGCUGCUUCGCCGAAACCCACAAUGAAUGGUACUACAAAUGGUAAUAGUGGUAGUACAAAUGGUAAUUCAAAUGGUACUACCAAACAUGCGGAUGUCGAGCUCUCGUCCUACACACAGGCGCUCGAACACCUUAAGCCUUUGGAGGAGUUUGCACUUUCAAGGGAGAAUUUCCGCGCAAUCGGGCUAAUAUCACAAUUAGAGGUGAUAUUACGAAAAGGUGAAAAUAAACAUUUGGCGGCGGUGCUGAAAUAAGCAUUAUUCAACUGAAUAAGACAUGUUUAAAGAGCAGAAGCGAUAAGAGGAAUUAUAAACUAAUUCCUAAAAUGUUGAUGUGAUUUAGUUUUUGUAAAAAAAAUUUAAAUAUGUUUAGUAUUAUUAUAGAAUAUAUGCUUAAUUAAUGGUUAAUUGAAUAAUUAUUUGCUUUUACAAGAAAAUUAAUAUCUAAAAUAUAGAAAUAAAUGUAUAUAAAAUGUAAGGAUACUUUAUUCAAUCCUUAACUAAAAAUACUGCAUAGCAAGCAAUGCCGACGUUAAGGUGUUUUAUUUAUUACACAAAUAAAAAAUAUAUUCCAUUCAUAAGAUCCAAAA